CUCUCUCCCCUAGAAGCAGGAUGUCCUUCAAAGUGCUGCCCAGUGUGUCCCGUGAUCCCUAAGGUAUAUAACCCGAAAUGGGCUGCUUUUCAGCAUCUUUCAGCUGCAGUGCAAAGUAGGGCACUUGUGCUCAAGACAUCAUCCGCCUUGGGCAGCUUUCUUGAGCCUGGUGGGACCAGCUCACAAUGGAUGCAAGACUUCUUCUGUACCUUGUUGCCUAUCUGAAGGAAAAAUCAAAACUCAAUUUAUAGUCCGUGUGACCUAUUUCUUCCUGGAUUAAUUUCACAACAUUUCCAUCUCAACCCCAGUUGUGGCUAUGGUUUUCCAGACAAGCCAAGGUCUUCCAAGUUGGUUCCCGUGUGACGUAGUUUUUCUCCACCAGCAAAUGCCCAACUGCCACUUUCUACUUGCAGAAAACCACAAUUACAUUUGAAGACUCACAUUUAAGUGUAAUUUCUCUGUGAAACAUUUCUCAACUCCCAUUAAAUAACUAAUGUCACUCAGUUGUCUGUAUUUACACAAUACUACAUAUGUAAAUCUUUUAUAGUAUAUUAUAUUUUGAUACUUUUAUGUAAUGUUUCCCUCAAAUAGAAUGUGAAUUAUUGGGAGUACAGACUGCUGCAAAAGGUGACAUAUCUCUAGUAGCUAGAACAGUAAUGGACUCAAUUUAUUUUGGAUGAAUUAAUUUAUUAAAUAAAUCGUAUUAUGUAACAUGUCUCAGAUUCAGUAGCUAAAUCUCGUCUUCAUAGGGACAAGUCAAAUGGAAGACUUCAAAACAAGUGUGAAGUGAGGCUGGUAAUAUUAAUGAGUCCAGAAAGUCUGAGAGGUCUACUUUAAGUAACAUCGCAAAUGAACACCACUUUUACCAAGACAUACUGGCUGCAGUAACAUAACAUAGAACAAAAUCGACAAAGUCGGCACUGUUUACUAUUGGCAAACUAAAUAUUAUAGAUCUGUUUUCAACGUGCCUAUGUUGUUCCGGUUGGUUUUGUUUCAGUAUUUAUAAUAUGUAUAAAAAAAGAAAACAAAAAUGAAAAUGGAUGCCUUUGUGGAAAAUUUCUUAAGAAAUUCUCUGGGUUAGCAACAAACCUGCUAGUUUGUUAACAAAGCUUGAAGGAUUGUAUAAUGCAAAAUGAAGCCAUUGAGUUAAAAGUGAGAGGACCCAACUGAAGAGAUUCAGCUCUGGCCCUGGUGAAUUAUCAAAGACUGGGGGCUUUCUUAGUGAGCAUCUAUAAUUCGAGGAAUUCACGAGGAGAAAAGGCAGAGAGAAGCCCCUGGGCAUCUGAAAAUGAGAGUUGCUGCAUUCAGCUAGGGUGACUUUGGGCUGGCAGUUUAAAGAAGGUAGUCUAUGUAAUGUAACCCGCUGCAUUCGAGUUCUGUAAUUUAUCUUACAAAUAACUGGAGCAUAUCAGAGCCAGAAAAAGGCUCCUAGAAGCCUGAAAAUAGGCUUACGUGGGUAGAAGAAUGUGAAGAGCGAUGUUUGGUACUCCAUAAAUACCCAACAGUACUUGCCGCUCUUGAAUGAAAUGCAACCUAACUUGAAUACGGCGUCUGCAUGGUAACAAUGAGGAACACAAUAAACGCCCAGACAGCCACUCCUAGGAGGUGCUGUACUAGACCCGGAUCUCAACUAGAGACUCACCAGUGGCUGGAGAAAGAGGAGGAGGAGCUUAUGCAAAGGCGGAACUGACCGAGUACGCAUUGUGCUCUUCAAACUGAAGCAGAAAGCCGGCAACUACGGUCCAGUUCUGGUAUUUCAACACUGUGUCCUAACAGCCGGACAAUUUUCCUCUUACUUAUCAAGAUGGAAAACUCAGAUUCCAACUCUGAGAAAGAUGGAUCUGCGGCCCAGCGGAGAACUCAAAUGGAGCGAUUGGCUCGGGAAGAAGCUUUCUAUCGAUUUGUGAGUAACCUGAGUGACGAAGACUACAGACUUAUGAGGGAUAAUAACUUGCUAGGUAUCAUAGGUGAAACUACAGAAGAAGAGUUGCUGAGAAGGCUACGACAAAUUAAAGAGGACCCACAGCGAAAAGCAAGAAAAAAUAGAGGUAAAGGAGACUCUGUGAGGCGUGGGUCUGUAAUACACUGGCGUACAUUUUUUGGACAAACUGAAAAUAUUGCUGGAGGUGAGCAAAGAGAAAACCAAACAUGGACAGCAGCAAGCCAGAAUAAUCCAAACUGUAGUGAUUUCAGAUUUAGUGCAGGGAGAAAUUUUAAUCUUAGCAAUGGGAGCCUGAAUACAGAUCAUGUAUACGCAUCAUCUGCAGGACUUCCCAGGGGAGAGAAUACCGAGAAAAGCCAGAGACAAGUGGAAAAUCCACGAAAUGAAUCAAUGUUUGCAAGGCCAUCUAGAGCAGAACAAUGUGCUACUGAAGAUUUCAGAUUUAGUGUAGGGAGAAAUUUUAAUCUUAAUAAUGGGAGCCUCAAUACAGAUCAUGAAUAUGCAUCAUCUGCAGGACUUCUCAGGGGAGAAAAUACAAAGAAUAGCCAGAGACAAGUGGAAAAUCCAUGUUCUGAAUCAAUGUUUGCAAAGCCAUCUAGAGCAGAACAAUGUACUACUGAAGGUAUCAGAUUUAGUGUAGGGAGAAAUUUUAAUCUUAGUAAUGGGAGCCUGAAUACAGAUCAUGAAUAUGCGUCAUCUGCAGGACUUCCCAGGGGAGAAAAUACGAAGAAUAGCCAGAGACAAGUGGAAAAACCACAAUCUGAAUCAACGUUUGCAAGGCCAUCUAGAGCAGAACAAUGUACUACUGAAGAUUUCAGAUUUAGUGUAGGGAGAAAUUUUAAUCUUAGCAAUGGGAGCCUGAAUACAGAUCAUGAAUAUGCGUCAUCUGCAGGACUUCCCAGGGGAGAAAAUAUGAAGAAUAGCCAGAGACAAGUGGAAAAUCCACAAUCUGAAUCAACGUUUGCAAGGCCAUCCAGAGCAGAACAAUGUACUACUGAAGAUUUCAGAUUUAGUGUAGGGAGAAAUUUUAAUCUUAGUAAUGGGAGCCUGAAUACAGAUCAUGAAUAUGCAUCAUCUGCAGGACUUCCUAGGGGAGAAAAUACAAAGAAUAGCCAGAGACAAAUGGAAAAUCCACAAUCUGAAUCAUUUGCAAGGCCAUCUAGAGCAGAACGAUGUACUACUGAAGAUUUCAGAUUUAGUGUAGGGAGAAAUUUUAAUCUUAGUAAUGGGAGCCUGAAUACAGAUCAUGAAUACGCAUCAUCUGCAGGACUUCCCAGAGGAGAAAAUAUGGAGGAUAGCCAGAGACAAGUGGAAAAUCCACGAUCUGGAUCAAUGUUUGCAAGGCCAUCUAGAGCAGAACGAUGUACUACUAAAGAUUUAGUGGAAGCCCCACCUAGCAGAGGUCAAAGAAGAGUGAGAAGCAGGAGCCCAGACCGUCGUAGAACCAGAGCAAGAAUUGAAUGUAGGUCACCUCCAAUUUCACAGAGUGAAAUUUCACAAAGAUUUCAUCAUAAUAUACCAUCUCAGAAUUUUGAGCAGCCUCUAGUAAAUAAGACUGAGAUAUUUGCUAGAAUUCAACAACAUGAGACAUUAAGACAGCAAAUAACUGGACCUGAAUUGCAAAAUAGGCAUCUUUUUGUAGCUUCAGGAACAAGGAAUGCACUUCCAGGAGAACAUUCUCCAUACACAACCAGCAGUGGUGAAUCUGGGACAAUUUGUUCAUACAUAGUCCAAGUAAGAAGAGUUCAUACUGAAGAAUAUUCACUAAGUGAUAGCAUAGCUAGUAGAACUCAGUUAACAUCUGAGACGGCAAACAACGCUGUCACUUUAGAAAGUGAACAAGGAGGACCUAGAAAUAUGUUUUCACAUUCUGAGCAAGCAAGUGUGACCACUUAUUUCAAUGCCAUCAGAAUUCCUGUUCGUAGAAUUUUAAAUACUGGUUUAAAUGAUACAUCUGUUGCAACUCAGAGCACAUUAAGGCAUCUAAUGACAGGAUGUGGUGAGUCAAGUAACUUUACCGAUAGCGAUAGUGACAGUGAAAAAGAGCCUAGUAGUAGCUCAUCCGCAAGUCAAACCACUGAAAGGGCAGAGCCACAGAAUGAAAGAGAUGAUUAUGAUGGCCGCAAUAGUUUUGGUUCCAAUUCAUAUCCUUGCUGUGAUUGCUGUUCUACAUCAGUUUUCAGUUCAAGCUCCAGCUUUCUUUCUAUUUCCAGUUCUAGUCUUCUGUCUAGUUCCAGCUCCAAUAAUGAAAAUGCAGAUAUUAGCUCAUUGGUGUUUGAAGAUAAUAAUGAAAGAAGCUCAUCUUCAGGCUCAUCAUCAGAGGCCAGUUAUGAAAGUCAACAGAGGUCCUCAGUAACAUCUGAUGACGGUGACUCCUGGCCCUUCCUCGAUAUGGAUCAGUUUUUUGUCUUAGAUGAAGAUGAUGGUUACGAACCUACAGGACUCACCAAGCAACAGAUUGACAACUUAGCAGUAAGAACCUUUGAUGAAAGUGAUACAUUAAAAGUCUGUAGUGUUUGCAUUACAGAAUACACAGAAGGCAACAAGCUUCGCAUAUUACCUUGUUCCCAUGAAUAUCAUGUCCACUGCAUUGAUCGCUGGCUAUCUGAGAACUCUACUUGUCCUAUUUGUAGAAAUGAAGUAGCAGGUUCCGGUGACAGAAAAUUCUAGUUGAGAUCUGAACUCUUAGCUAUAUAAACUGUUAUAGUGAUGGACAAACAAUAGUUACUUGAUGCUUACAUGUUAAAUAACAAUGUGAACUAAAUCACUGGUUCCUGAAGAAAUGAUUACUUUCCCCAGUUUCUGUUUUAGAAUAAAAAAAAAUAUUAAAAAAGGCAAAAGUGUCCUGACAGUAAAGACUAAUUCCACACCAUGGUGGGUCACUGAAUUUUGAUAGAAAUUUAGCAGGCACACUGAGUUUUGGGAUAUUCCUGAUUCCAUAAGAGAAGUGUCUUAAUCAAUUCCAGAUAGAUCCUAACAGUCUUAUCUAGUCAUGCUAAUCCCAGGUACCUCAUGGCCCUGUCCUGUCUUGAAUGUGCACGCA